GAUUUGUUUGCCGAUAGUUUAUCUCUCGUAAAUGGCGCCAAAAUACAUUAGUGUUAUUUUCGCCUCAACACACGAGGAGCAGUAGUGCUUUACUUAGCCUUUCUGUUCCUUUCUACUGGUUUUCCUCCUCAAAAGCUUCUAGACAAGCAGCAGAACCCCACAGGAACAGCUGUGAUAGUUUACAUGGAUGUAAAGAUGGGGUUUAUUAAAGAGGAGCCCGAGGACGCGAGUGACCCAGAGCCCUGCAGAGUGAAAGAUGAAGAAACUGAGGAGCUAAUAGGCCUGACGGAAGUGAAAGAGGAGAGUCAAGUCCUGAAUAAAGUUGAAGACAACCGCUAUUUUCAGACACUUGAAACUGAACCAAACUCUCAGCCUGCAAAGCUCUCUCAAAAACGACACGUUAAAAAUCGUGCCAGAAAGAAGCCUUUAACAUGCGUUCAUUGCGGAAAGAGUUUCAGUCAUAAAGGACACCUUAAUAUUCACACGAGGAGUCACACUGGAGAGAAGCCGUUUGCGUGUGAUCAGUGUGGAAAGAGGUUUAUUCAUCGAGGACAUCUUAACGAACACUUAAGGAUUCACACCGGAGAGAAGCCUUUCGCAUGCACUCACUGUGGAAAGUGUUUCACACAUAAAGCAAGCCUGACAUGGCACAUGAGAACUCACUCUAAAGAAAGCCCUUUAACUUGCUGUCAGUGUGGAAAAGGUUUCACACAGCAAGAAAAACUCAAGUGUCACAUGAAAAUACACACUAAAAAGAAUCCGUUUACAUGCCCUCAGUGUGGAAAGAGUUUCGUUCAUAAAGGACACCUUAAUGAUCACUUACGAGUUCACACUGGCGAAAAACCGUUCACAUGUCAUCUGUGUGGAAAGAGUUACCGACUUAAAGGAUACUUUAAUGUUCACCUGAGAAUCCACUCUGGAGAGAAGCCGUAUGCGUGUGAUCAGUGUGGGAAGAGCUUCAUUAAUAAAGGACACCUUAAUGAACACUCAAGAGUUCACACUGGAGAAAAGCCUUUCGAAUGCACUCCCUGUGGACAGAGUUUCACACAUAAAGGAAGCCUAAGGUUGCACAUUAAAAAGUAUCACACUGAAGAUGAUACAUGCCUUAAGCGUCACGCGACCGGCCUAAAAUGCCCUCAAUGUGAAAAGGGUUUCAAACAUAAAGGACACUUUAUGAAUCAUAUAAGAACUCACAUAGCCUUGAGCCUAAAGACACACUUAAAAUGACUCGAAAUUAAGCAUAAAUAAACCCUUUGAACUGCACAUGAAUGCAUAACCUGUCUGGUUUGGCUUGCUAAUAAGACAAAUAUAUAAAGGCACAUUUUUUUACGAAGGUUUAUGGAAUGCUUUCUGUAAAGCUGCACUGAAACAAUGUACAUUGUUUUUGGUAUAUAAGUGAAUCAUAUGAAUAAAACGGGUG